ACAAUAUCACAAACUCGUUUCUUUUCAUCAUUACCAAAUCAUAAGCGGCUCUCAAGAUUUAGGGUUUCGAGUUUUCUGAAUCACUUCAAUCAGGUUUCGUUCGUUUAAUAUAUUUGGAUAAAAAGUUUCUGGUAGAAGAGAAUUAAAAACUCCGGAUCGAGAUCAAUAUAUUCCUAUACACAAGAGCGUGAAUGAGAUUAUGAUGGAAUCGAAAGCUGGUAAUAAGAAGUCAAGCAGUUCCUUAUUUUACGAAGCUCCCCUCGGUUACAGCAUUGAAGACGUUCGUCCCAACGGUGGAAUCAAGAAAUUCAAAUCUUCUGUCUACUCUAACUGCGCAAAGAGGCCAUCCUGAGUACUAAUCAAUCCAGACAGUCCUCAUAGUUUUUAUUUGCCUUCCAAUUAUAACCUCCUUUUUUCAAAGCUCUGGUUCCCAAACCCCCUCGUUCUCUCCUACAAGAAGGUCUUUUCCUCUCACAACAACAACAACAACAAAGCGAGAUGGCCAUGUCAGUCUCUGCAAUUGGGUUCGAAGGCUACGAGAAGCGGCUCGAAGUAUCAUUCUUUGAGCCAAGUCUCUUUCUUGACACUCAAGGGAGAGGACUCCGUGCCUUGGCCAAAUCUCAGAUUGACGAGAUCCUUCAACCAGCUGAGUGCACGAUCGUCUCAUCUCUCUCGAAUGAUCAGCUCGACUCUUAUGUACUCUCUGAGUCCAGCCUCUUUAUCUUCCCUUACAAGAUCAUCAUCAAGACUUGCGGGACUACUAAGCUCCUUCUCUCUAUCGAGCCUCUCUUGAGGUUGGCCAGUGAGCUCUCUCUUGACGUCAAGUCCGUGAGGUACACUCGUGGAAGCUUCCUCUGUCCUGGAGGCCAGCCUUGCCCACACCGCAACUUCUCUGAAGAAGUCUCUGUACUUGAUGGUCACUUCGCCAAGCUGGGUUUGAGCAGUGUUGCAUACUUGAUGGGCAACGAUGAUGAAACCAAGAAAUGGCAUGUUUACUCUGCUUCUUCUCCUGCCAAGAGCUACAGCAGCAGCAACAACGUGUACACGCUCGAGAUGUGCAUGACUGGUCUGGACAAGGACAAGGCAUCUGUGUUCUACAAGAACGAGUCAAGCUCGGCUGGUUCUAUGACUGACAACUCUGGCAUCAGAAAGAUACUUCCUCAGUCUCAAAUCUGCGACUUUGAGUUUGAGCCCUGCGGCUACUCUAUGAACAGCGUCGAAGGAGACGCGAUCUCCACCAUCCAUGUGACCCCUGAAGAUGGAUUCAGCUACGCUAGCUUUGAAGCAGUGGGAUACGACUUCACGACCAUGGACUUGAGCCAUCUUGUCUCAAAGGUGCUUACUUGCUUCGAGCCAAAGCAAUUCUCAGUAGCGAUCCACUCGAGCGUCGGACAGAUGAGCUACGACUCGAGCCUCUGUGUUGACCUAGGCGAUUACGGAUGCAGAGAAUCAACAAUGGAGUCUCUGGGAGAAGAAAGAGGAACAGUGAUGUAUCAGAGGUUUGAGAAGCUGGGAAGGUAUUGUGGUUCUCCCAGAUCUACCUUGAAAUGUGAAUGGAGCAGCAACAGUAGCUGCACUAGCGAGGACGAGAAGGAAGAGGGAAUCUAAGCUUUUUUUUUGUUUUGGCUUUUCGAAUAAUGUCUUGUGUUUUUUUUUUUCCUCAUUAAACCAGUGAUUGUGUCUGGUCUAUGUGAAUUCGAAUGAUCGAAUAUUAUGAAAUAUCUAUUAUUACGAUCAUUUCCGAUA